AUGAAACUUUUUAUCGCCGCGUUCUUCGUUUGCCUCAUCGCCAUGGCUGGAGCCUUUCGAGAGACGAUCUCUAAAACGAUAGUUAGACCCGGAUUUGGCGGAGGAUUCGGCCGAGGAUUUGGAGGCGGUGGAUUCGGACGAGGAUUCGGUGGUGGACGUGGCUUUUUCAACCGUGGAUUUGGCGGACGAGGAGGCUUCGGUUUCGGCAAA